UGUCUUGUUAUAAAUACGUGUGUAUUGGCUUAACAACACCUCAUUUCAAACUCUGGGCGUUUCAAGCGAGGCAGACAGAUAAAUCCUAAGCGAACCGGCCAUAGUCUCCGGUUUGCUUUUACUUGUCCGGUCCAACUCCAUCUCUCUCUCUCUCAGUAUAAUAUAAAAUGGCUGACGGUGAGGAUAUCCAACCACUUGUUUGUGACAAUGGAACUGGAAUGGUGAAGGCUGGAUUUGCUGGUGAUGAUGCCCCUAGAGCAGUUUUCCCUAGUAUUGUGGGUCGUCCCCGUCACACUGGUGUGAUGGUUGGGAUGGGACAGAAGGAUGCUUAUGUGGGUGAUGAAGCUCAAUCGAAGAGAGGUAUCUUGACCUUGAAAUACCCGAUUGAGCAUGGUAUCGUCAGCAACUGGGAUGAUAUGGAGAAGAUAUGGCAUCAUACGUUCUAUAAUGAGCUACGUGUUGCUCCUGAGGAGCAUCCCGUUCUUCUAACUGAGGCACCCCUCAACCCUAAGGCCAACAGGGAGAAGAUGACCCAGAUUAUGUUUGAGACAUUCAAUGUUCCGGCUAUGUAUGUUGCUAUCCAGGCUGUGCUUUCCUUGUAUGCCAGUGGUCGUACCACAGGUAUUGUGUUGGACUCUGGUGAUGGUGUGAGUCACACUGUGCCUAUCUAUGAAGGUUAUGCUUUGCCCCAUGCGAUUCUUCGUUUGGAUCUUGCUGGCCGUGACUUAACUGAUAGCCUUAUGAAGAUCCUCACUGAGAGAGGUUACAUGUUCACCACCACUGCUGAACGGGAAAUUGUCCGUGACAUGAAGGAAAAACUUGCUUAUGUCGCUCUUGACUAUGAGCAGGAGCUUGAAACUGCCAAGAGCAGCUCCUCCGUUGAAAAGAACUAUGAGUUGCCAGAUGGACAGAUUAUUACUAUUGGUGCUGAGAGGUUCCGUUGCCCAGAAGUCCUUUUCCAGCCAUCCAUGAUUGGGAUGGAAGCUGCGGGUAUCCAUGAGACUACCUAUAACUCCAUCAUGAAGUGUGAUGUCGAUAUUAGGAAGGACCUGUAUGGAAAUAUUGUGCUCAGUGGUGGCUCCACUAUGUUCCCUGGCAUUGCUGAUCGAAUGAGCAAGGAAAUUACUGCUUUGGCUCCUAGUAGCAUGAAGAUUAAGGUUGUUGCUCCCCCGGAGAGAAAAUACAGUGUCUGGAUUGGAGGAUCCAUCCUUGCUUCCCUCAGCACAUUCCAGCAGAUGUGGAUUUCAAAGGGCGAGUACGAUGAGUCAGGUCCAUCCAUUGUUCACAGGAAGUGUUUCUAAGCUGCUGUUAUUCGACUUUCCUUUUAGUUUCUUGCUUUUGCUGUUGCAUUCCCAGUGAAUUAAGAUUUACUGGCAUGGAGAAUUUUGGAGGUGGGACAAUGGUAAAAGGGCGACAAUGUUAUACGCUAAUACAUCUUAUGUUAGCGUGAUAUUGUGUUUUAUGUUCUCAAUAUAUUUGGAGGUGCUGCGUGCAGUGGCUGUCGCCUUGAACAUUGUCUUGUUUUAGUAGGUUGUUUUUAGUUUGGAGAGUGAUUGUGGUGUUUUUUUUUUAAAAAUCUUUUGCUUUAUUUUACUUCUCUUUUCCUCUAUUUCACUAUUUUAUGGCACCUCUUUCCUUGGGAACAAUUAUGUUAAUAUUUAUUGAUUGAGAAGCAUUCCCUGUUAGUUUCA